AUGACCCCUGACACUUCCCUUGCGGCCGGCUCGCGGCAUGACCUUGAUGAUGACGCUCUAGGUGAUUAUCUUGCUCAUUCAGGAGACAUUGCCCUUCUACAGUUGCCAGUCGUCACUACAAAGAUCGGCUAUGGGCAGAGCAAUCCAACCUACUUUGUUGAUGAUGCAGCCGGCGCUAGAUUUAUUCUCAGAAAAAAGCCGCCAGGAAAGUCCAUCAGUCCAGUGGCGCAUCAAGUGGACCGUGAAUACAGAGUUCUCAAGGCACUUGGAUCUGUUGAAGGCUUCCCUGUGCCUCGAGUCUAUACGUUUUGCAACGACCUCUCGGUCAUUGGAACUCCCUUUUAUGUCAUGGAGUUCGUUCAAGGCAGAAUCAUUACAGACACUGACUUAGAAGAGCUUUCACCAUCUGAUAGACGAAAGGCUUGGUUCUCCGCCAUCGAAACUCUGGCAUGGCUUCAUUCACUCGACCCCGACGCAAUUGGACUUGGGGAUUAUGGCAAAAAGACGGGCUUCUAUGCUCGGCACUGCAAUACGUGGAGCAGAGUCGAAGCUCAACAAGGCGCAGUCAAAGACAUCAAGACCGGCCAACUUCUGGGGAGAGCUCACGAAAAAUAUGACGAAAUCAUGGACUACGUCAGAAACAAUUUGCCAGGUGAACGGACUCUCCAUGAUAAGAUACUUCAUCCUACCGAGCCACGAGUUAUCGCAAUCCUCGACUGGGAAUUGUCAACCAUAGGCCAUCCGUUGAUGGAUCUUGUCUUUCACGUCAGCCCCUUCUUUGACGAUUACAUGAAAGUUGGAAAGAUAUCAUCAACACCAGCAGAGUCACCAUACAAGCCAAAGAAUAGGAAGUUGAGUGGCAUGCCUGAGCCGCAGGAGCUGCUCGAUCGCUAUGCCGAAAUAGUUGGAUUCGACGUUCGCAAGGAUGGGCGAGGGAAGGAUUGGGAAAUGGCAACCAUUUUCCAAUACAUUAGAGGAGCUACAAUCAGCCACGGGAUUCAAGCGCGGACAAUCAGCGGUAGAGCUAGCAGUGAAUUUGGUCAUAUUUACUUUGGAAAGACCAAGCAAUCCCUAGACGCGGCUUGGAAGCGGGUGGAGAGGCUCAAGGAACAAGAGGCUGAACCACGUGGCAAGCUGUGA